AUGUUUAUUGGUUUCACGAGGGUCAUUGUAGGCUUUAUUUUAUAUUUUGAUGUUAUUAGUAGUACACCUUUGUUUAAAGUAAAUCAAAUCAUACAACUAGUGAAUAACAUACCAAAACACACAUGGAAGGCUGGAAUAAAUUUCCAUCCAAGUCUUUUGACGAACGUUUCACAUCUCAUGGGAGUUCUACCAUUGAAUAAACUAAGCGAAAAGGACAUUCUCCUUACAUACGAUGUAUCCAUUGACUUGGAAUCUCUGCCGGAGAGUUAUGAUGUUACACAAACAUGGUCUGAAUGUAAAUCGGUUGUUUCAAUCAGGGAUCAAUCAAAUUGCGGAUCUUGUUGGGCCCUAUCAACUGCUUCUGCAUUUAGUGACCGUCUAUGUAUCACCUCAAAUAUGAAUGUUAAUAAAGUCUUAUCUGGUGAAUACAUAAAUUCGUGUUGCAAUGGUAAAUGUGGUGACGGAUGUAACGGUGGCCAUCCAGAAAAAGCAUGGAAGUACAUAAAGAAAAACGGGUUAUGCACAGGAGGUGAAUACGGUUCUAAUGAGGGAUGUCAGCCAUAUAGUAUAGUUCCUUGUCCAAGAAAUGCAAACUCCUGUUCUAAGGAAAAUGAAGAUACUCCCCAGUGUUACAAAGAUCAGUGUACCAAUAACAAUUAUGAGACUCCAUUAGUUUCAGAUCUGUACUAUGCCUAUAAAGUGUAUUCUGUAAAACCAAAACCGGAAAUAAUCAUGAGUGAAAUAUUUAAAAAUGGACCUGUUGUUGCAGCAAUGAAAGUCUAUGAAGAUUUCGUAUGCUAUAAAGGAGGAAUAUAUCAGUAUACGACCGGUGGAUUAAAAGGCGACCACGCUGUCAAAAUAAUGGGAUGGGGUCAAGAUGACGGAAUAGAUUACUGGUUAUGUGCUAAUACAUGGGGUGAUUCUUGGGGCAUGGGUGGAAUGUUUAAAAUUCGAAGAGGUAGAAAUGAAUGCGGAAUUGAAAACCGUAUAACUGGUGGAUUACCAAAAGUGUAA